GAAGUCGGUCCGUCCUUUCGAGUUGAUUCGCACCAAGCUCGACGCAAGCGGCUCGGUCGACCUCGUGCAGUCCAACAGAAGAUGUUCGCUUCAUUGCAGCUCACAGCCGCAACCACAUACAGCCUCCUGCAGCUUUUGAUCACACCAAAGAACCACAGAUGCCCUGGCCUUGGAUUACGGAGUCUCAGCUCCCGAACUCACCGCAGGAGGCUGACGGCGAAAAGUCGAAGAACGAUGCAGCAUGCUAUCGGGUGCGAAAAGUGAGAACGACGUUCGAUCGAAGCAAUUUGAAACGCCAAGCAGCCAGACGCGGACAUGGGCAAGUGGCGGCCAUGGCCCUCGUCGCUCACAGCGUUCGUCGCUGACAAGCUCAAGCCCAAGCCCAUUGGGCUUGUCCCCGCGCUCCUCACGCCAAGCCCGUGUAUGACGCCGGACGACGCCGCGCUGGUCUGGACGCUUCUGCAACAUGACGCCGCGUGGCGCCUCUCGUUCCUGCGCGCGUGCCUCGAGCUUCUAUUGCGCAGCAAAGGUAACGUGGCCUUUGCGCAGCGCGUCGCCAACACGGUGCAUCUCAUGGACGUUUUCUUCUUUCCGCUGGACGUCGCGCCAUUGGGUCUCGACUUUGCCCUUGUGUCACCGCUCUUGCAAUGGAGCCUUGGCCCGGCGAACAAGUGGCGCGCCAUCGUGCUCGACGGCGUCCGCCUUCCGCUGGCAUGCGAGGCGUAUGCGCCCGGAGCGUACGCGGCUCUGCCGGUGGAGACCGAGCCAACGACGAUACGCAAAUCCAAGUCGAUGCUCUUUGCCCGGCGCAACCGAACCAACACGGCGCUGACGAGCUCGACAUUCUCGUCGUCCUUGACGGGCACGUUCGCCGUGACGCCAGAGAGCAAGGGAAACAUGUCCCCGUACACGCUGCUGCAGGUCCGCCACCACCUUCUGUGCCGCAUCGAUGUCGAUGCAAUCAUGGAUGCGAUGAUGAGUCUCCUGCGAUCCCUGCCUGUUCCUUCGGUCGAGUUUGUGGCGCUCACGAUUCUCAUGACCGAGGCGCUGACAGUAGCGCCAACGCGGAACCGUGACUUUCUGAAGCAGCUGCGCCAUACGCUUCAAACGCUCGUGUGUCCCGUGAGCUUCGCGACCAAGAGUCGCCUGGAAGCAGUCGUGGAGAGCGAGCUCGAGAGGCCCGGCGAGGCGUCCCGACGCCGGCUUGCGAUCGCCUCCGAUGUGGUCGUGGUCACCACUGCGGUCGACGCACCCUUGUGGCAAGUGCGGCCACUGGAAGAGUUGUACCACAUCACGACAGGAAACGUGCAUGGCAAACUGCAGAGCCUCAUGCGGCGACGGGAGAAGCCGUCGUCGGGCUCGCUGCCUCUCGACGUGGCGCGGCUCGUGUCGCAUUUGCACGGCGACUUUGACCUGACGGACGAAAGCCGUGUUGUGGGCUUUUUAUGCCAGCACCCGUAUCUUGUCACCGACGUACUUGCGCAGCUUACGCCGACACAAUCGUCGAUCCUCGUACGCGUGUCUCUCUUGGCGUCCGUGCUCGAGGCCGCCGCGGUCCCCGUCCGCCCGUUGCGAAGCCUCUGCUACGGCACCCGCAACGACAACGAUACGUCCACCACAAUGCGUCCGUUGUCGCCAGUGACGAUCGAUACGACGUACGCGCCCUUUCCGGCGACGGUGUUUCCGUCGUUUGCACUCGCUCCGCUGCGGAUGACGCAGGCGGUGACAUCGCCCGUCCACGAGGCGAGUCGCUUGCGCGCCGCCCUGCCGGUGCCCGGUGGGAGCGACUUGGUUGUCUUGAUGGGUGACGACGGACUCUUCCACCAGUGGCUCACAAGUGUCGUGCUGCACACGUCGUACCCCGCCCGUGUUGUGGUAUUGCCGCUGCCCUCCGCGCCGUCCACCAUCGCGCGCUACGUGGCGUCCAUCGACAUGUGGUAUCUCCGGUACCUCUACGGUCCCUUGCUGAGCUCUGGGACCACGACGCUGUUGUCACCGACGGCCUUUUUAACGUCGAUCGAGCAGUCGCUACUGCAGUUCUAUCUGCACGUUGCAACGAACGUGGUGCAUCUCGCAGUCUUUCAAUGCCGCGUGCUCGGGCACUUGGCACCGUUUUGCUUUGCGUGCAGCAUCUCGCCCAAGCGCGUCCGCGGCCACUUGAUGCUGCGGCUGCUGCUCCACACCAAGACACUGCUGUUGAAGGCGACCCACGUGGCCAUUGUGCACACGACAGCGAUGCAAGCGAACGGCGGCCCGUGGUCCCGUGACGGCGCGAGCCCGCUCUUGGAUGUGACAGCGACGCUUGUCACCGGCGACAAGCGGACGGUGCAAGGCAUUCUGUCGCUGCACGUGUCGUCGCGGCAUGGCUUUGGGCAGGUAGCAUUGGACGACCAGCUUUGGACGCCGCCGCCAGGGGCGACCGACCUCGAGGUCGCGCGGCACCCGUGGCACGUGCCGCUCGCCGUCACGUUUCCAUUUGCGCACCAUCUUGGCAAGUAGCUACGACUCCACACCUAAUCAACUCCACGACGAAUCGUUAUCAAAGUGUCGAACAAUAGGGUUAUGUAAACUAUGGUGUUUG